AUGUAUCUAGCAGGUACUACUGGUUUGAACAAAGAUGGCGCCUUCCAGUUCCCUGUGUACCACAGGAAGCACCCUUGCCUAAGCUCGUCGAUCCAUCUAGCCAGCUUACCUGCAGAGGCGAGCCCCAUCAUUGGAAAUCAUGAGAUCCACGAAGGCAAGUACUUCAUGGCCAUCGGCCUUGGCACACCGCCUGUGUCUAAUCUUGUCACAGUUGACACCGGCUCCACGCUUUCCUGGGUUGUGUGUGAACCAUGCCAGAUCGUAUGCCACCCAACCGCCCCGGAGGCCGGAGCCGCAUUCAACUCCAGCAACUCAACAACAUACCAGCAUGUGGGGUGCUCGAGCAGAGAUUGCACCGAAGUGCAGCGCAGCCUUGUGGCUCCAUUCGGCUGCAUCGAGGAGACCGACACCUGCCUCUACAGCCUGCGAUACGGUUCAGGUUCGUCAGGCCAGUAUUCGGCAGGCAGGCUGGGGAAAGACAAGCUCACGAUCGGGAGCGGCUCCAGUACCGUCGUUGAUGGCUUCGUGUUUGGGUGCAGCGAAGAUGACAAUUUCAACGGCCGUGAGUCGGGCAUGAUUGGCUUUGGGGAUGAGAGCUUCUCCUUCUUCAACCAGGUAGCUCAGCACGCGAAUUACACCGCCUUCUCUUAUUGCUUUCCAGGUGACCACAGGGCCGAGGGAUUCCUGUCCAUCGGACCCUACCCCAAGUAUAAUCUAUCUAGGCCCGCCGCCGCCACCCCUGGCCACGGCCGCGCCGGCGUCGGGACGCGCCAGCCAGGAGCCAGCCGCGCCGCCCUUCAGCAAGGCUAUGAUAACAGCAAUGCGAGCCAAGGGGUUUGUGAGUGA